AUGUUUGCUGCUUUAUCCCGUUCAACAAGAUCAAAAGGACUCUCCUCUAUAUAUUCUUCUUCUUCUUAUUUUACUCUAUGUAUAAGACCAUUGACAACAUUUCAACCAGGUGAUUUUUGCAUUCUGCGUCAUAUCAAGUCUAACCGAAAAUACUUUAUUGGUCCUUUGGAGGAAGAAGGAAUUCGACAUGUCAAAGGUGGAUCUAUACGACAUAACCAACUGCUCGGUAUACCUGUACGAUCCAUCAUCAAAACUCACAAUGAUUCAACAGGUUAUAUGGCACACUUUCCAACUUUGGAUGAAUAUGUUGUGAAUGUACCAAGAGCAUGCACUCCAAUCUAUCCAAAAGAUGCCUGUACAAUAGUACAGUUAUUAGACGUAGCGCCUGGUCAUCGUAUCCUUGAAGCCGGAACAGGGAAUGGAUCAUUGACAUUACAUUUAGCAAGGGCAGUGUCAGGUGGAGGCCACAUCGACACGGUGGAUAUGCGGGAUACUCACUCUAAGACAGCUCAAAAGCACAUUGAACGAUUUGAACGUGGAAAAUAUCAAUCCUUGGUGACAUAUUGGGUUGGCAAACUUUCAGAUGUAUUAUCAAAAAACGUAACGACCCUACACACAACAGAAGAGAUGUAUGAUGGCGUUGUAUUGGAUAUGCCCGACCCAAGUGAAGAACUAUCAACCAUCUUGCCUCUUUUACGGAACGAUCGAUUCAUAGUAUGUUAUCUACCAAACAUGACUCAAGUAUUGGAUUUGAUGCAGACCAUUCAAGAUAUGCCUUUGUUUAUGGAAGAGUGUUUGGAAGCAGAAUGGAAAGAAUGGGAUAUACGACCUACUUUUAUUCGCAAUUCGAUAUCCUUGGACGAAAACACAACUACUACUACUACUAUGGAUGGUGCAAAAGCCUGGGUGUGUCGUCCCAAGAAUUUCGAUGUUAAGGGUCAUACUGCCUUUUUGGUCAAGUUACGAAAAUGCUGUUCUCCUUCUGCAUGA